ACAUCUGGCGGCUGCCCUCCCUUGUUUCCGCUGCAUCCAGACUUCCUCCGGCGGUGGCUGGAGGCUGCGCAUCUGGGGCUUUAAACAUACAAAGGGAUUGCCAGGACCUGCGAGAACAGGCGGCGGCGGCGGCGGCUGCGGCGCGAGGGCCGGACCAUGAGCCGCUGAGCGGGGCAAAGCCGAAGCGACCCAGCAAGCGGACCCUCGGAAGGGAGCUCUGCGCGGCGGAGCAGGCACCAGCCAGGCGGCGACGCGGCCACACGCACCGAGCCAGCGACCCCUGGGCGACGCGCGGGGCCUGGGAGCGCAAGGAUGGAGGCGCGAGUGUCCUGGGGCGCGCUCGCCGGCCCGCUGCGGGCGCUCUGCGUCCUGGGCUGCCUGCUGGGCCGGGCCGCCGCCGCGCCGGCGCCCAUCAUCAAGUUCCCUGGCGAUCUCACCCCCAAAACGGACAAAGAGUUUGUGGUGCAAUACCUGAAUACCUUCUACGGCUGCCCCAAGGAGAGUUGCAACCUGUUUGUGCUGAAGGACACACUGAAGAAGAUGCAGAAGUUCUUUAGGUUACCCCAGACGGGUAAUCUUGACCGGAGAACCAUUGAGACCAUGCGGAAGCCGCGCUGUGGCAACCCAGAUGUGGCCAACUACAACCACUUCCCCCGCAAGCCCAAGUGGGACAAAAAUGACAUCACAUACAGGAUCAUUGGCUACACACCUGAUCUGGACCCAGAGACAGUGGAUGAUGCCUUCGCUCGUGCCUUCCAAGUCUGGAGCAAUGUGACGCCACUACGGUUUUCUCGCAUCCACGAUGGAGAAGCUGAUAUCAUGAUCAACUUUGGCCGCUGGGAGCAUGGAGACGGAUACCCUUUUGACGGCAAGGACGGGCUCCUGGCUCAUGCCUUCGCCCCAGGCACUGGUAUUGGGGGAGACUCCCACUUUGACGAUGAUGAGCUGUGGACCCUGGGAGAAGGGCAAGUGGUCCGUGUGAAGUACGGGAAUGCUGACGGGGAGUACUGCAAGUUCCCCUUCCUGUUUAAUGGCAAGGAGUACACCACCUGCACCGAUGUGGGCCGCAGCGAUGGCUUCUUCUGGUGUUCCACCACCUACAACUUUGAGAAGGACGGCAAGUAUGGCUUCUGCCCCCACGAAGCCCUGUUCACCAUGGGUGGCAAUGCUGACGGACAGCCCUGCAAGUUCCCGUUCCGCUUCCAGGGCACAUCUUACAACAGCUGCACCACGGAGGGCCGCACGGACGGCUACCGAUGGUGCAGCACCACCGAGGACUACGACCGUGACAAGAAGUACGGCUUCUGCCCUGAGACCGCCAUGUCCACAGUUGGUGGGAACUCAGAAGGUGCCCCGUGUGUCUUCCCGUUCACCUUCCUAACCAAGAAGUAUGACAGCUGCACCACCGCCGGCCGUGGUGACGGAAAGCAGUGGUGCUCCACCACGGCCAACUUCAACGAUGACCGCAAGUGGGGCUUCUGCCCUGACCAAGGGUACAGCCUGUUCCUCGUGGCAGCCCACGAGUUUGGCCACGCCAUGGGGUUGGAGCACUCACAGGAUCCUGGAGCCCUGAUGGCGCCCAUUUACACCUACACCAAGAACUUCCGCCUGUCCCAGGAUGACAUCAAGGGCAUUCAAGAGCUCUAUGGAGGCUCCCCUGACACUGAAAAUGGUACUGGCCCCACUCCCACGCUGGGACCUGUCACACCUGAGAUCUGCGUACAGGACAUUGUCUUUGAUGGCAUUGCUCAGAUCCGUGGUGAGAUCUUCUUCUUCAAGGACCG